AUGGCGUCGAUGGCGAUAGAGGAAGUGCGAACACUCUGGAUCGGCGAUUUGCAGUACUGGGUGGAUGAGUCGUAUCUCUCGCAGUGCUUCGCCCACAGCGGCGAAGUGGUUUCCAUCAAAAUCAUUCGCAACAAGAUGACGGGCCAGCCCGAGGGCUACGGCUUCGUGGAGUUCGUUUCUCACGCGGCGGCGGAGGCCUUUCUCCGCACCUACAACGGCACCCAAAUGCCCGGCACGGAACAGACCUUCCGGCUCAAUUGGGCCUCCUUCGGGGACUCUGGGCCCGACCACUCCAUCUUCGUCGGCGAUCUCGCCCCCGACGUCACCGACUUUCUCCUCCAGGAGACUUUUCGGACCCAUUAUCCUUCUGUCAAAGGGGCCAAAGUUGUCACCGACCCCGCCACCGGCCGCUCCAAGGGCUAUGGCUUUGUUAAGUUCACCGACGAGACGCAGAGGAACCGCGCCAUGACUGAAAUGAACGGCGUUUAUUGCUCCACGCGCCCUAUGCGUAUCAGCGCCGCUACACCUAAGAAGAACGCUUCUUUUCAACACCAAUAUGCUCCACCUAAAGCAAUUUAUCAAUUUCCUGCAUACACUGCUCCGGUGAAUACUGUUGCUCCAGAAAAUGAUGUGAAUAAUACCACUGUUUGUAUUGGUAAUUUGGAUCUUAAUGUGACUGAGGAGGAGCUUAGGCAAACCUUUACCCAAUUUGGAGAUAUUGUGUCGGUCAAAAUUUAUGCGGGCAAAGGAUAUGGUUAUGUUCAAUUUGGAACUAGAGCGACUGCUGAAGAUGCCAUUCAGAGGAUGCAUGGAAAGAUAAUAGGUCAACAAGUGGUCCAAAUUUCUUGGGCUAGUACCUUGGCAGCUAGACAGGAUGUACCCGGUGGCUGGGGUGCGCAGAUGGAUCCAAAUCAAUGGAAUGCCUAUUAUGGAUAUGGACAGGGUUAUGAGGCAUAUGCUUAUGGUGCUGCUCAUGAUCCCACCUUGUAUGCUUAUGGUGCAUACGCUGGUUAUGCACAAUACCCUCAACAGGUUGAAGGUGGUCAAGACAUGUCAGUGUCUAUGCCUGUUGAGGAGUCCUAUGAUCCCCUUGCAUUGCCUGAUGUGGAUAAAUUAAAUGCUGCAUAUCUUUCAACGCAUGGAAGUUCCAUUUUAGGGCGGUCCCUUUGGCAGAGAACUUCCCAAUCUUUACAGCAAGCAUAG